AUGCCUCCAAGAUUCCCAACCCCUGUUAUCAAGCAUUACUGGCCAUUUGCCGUUGGUGCUGGUAUUACUUACUUUUUAAUCUACAAAGCUAGUGUUGCAUCAAUGAACUCUGAUGAAUUCAUUAACGAUCCAAGACACCCAAGAUUCGCUAGCGGUGGUAAAUUCAUUGAUUUAAAUAAAACCAAUUAA